AUGGGCGAAUACUGGCAGGACCUAGUCAGCGGAGACAACACCGCGGCUUGGCAGACCAAAUGGGCAAUCCACGGGACUUGCUCGGCCACGGUGUUUGACGAGUUCAAGUACUUCUGCAUGGGUUUGGAUACGUAUGGCCGCCAUGCUAUCCUAUCAUUUCUGGUGCACGGCGGCCUGGUCCCGAGCUCUGCUCAACUGCACCACAAGACUAGCUUUAUCAAAGCCAUCGCGGACGUGACCUCGAAAAAGGGCGGCGUCAUCUGUGCGGCCGACCAGCGGGGCCGAACACAGCUGAAGAUGGUGGUUUUGUGUUAUAGUAAAGAUGGUGCAACAAUGAUCGACUGCCCUGAUAAUGUCAGUAGUUCCUGCCCUGAUAAGUUCUUGUGGCUUGCCUUGGGUGAUUGA